UUUUCGAUACUAACAAAUUCUUUUUCGGUCUUCAACACAGAUGAUGGCUCAACUGCUGGACGGGCGCGCUUAUCUGAGCAGUUUCAAUGCGUGAAGAUAUUUUAUGUUAUUCUAAUGCAUAAAUGGUAAUUAAAUUUUUAAGAUCAGGAUUGUUAUUUUUCUGAUAUUUCCAGAUGCAUUAAAAAUGAACAUAAAAACUUGACUCUAAAAUCAUGGAUUUGAAUCAAAUGUCUUUAACCUCACAAGUGACCCCCACUGAGGGGUCAACACCUUUGGCCCAAUCUUUGAUUGCCGAAGCAAGAGCUGGAAGUGACCAAACAGCAACACGUGACUCGAUGCACGUGACCCUUUUGGCUGGCGGGGUGGCUUUGCUGCUUUUGCUGCCCCUGGCAUACACUCUUUUUCGGUGCAGGCGACGAAACCACGCCGUCUAUGAGGACAUACCGGAGAGCAGUCUUGCCCGGAAAAGAGCUUCCAGGUGUUCACAGGCCUCCAUUUACAGCGCUAAUCAGUCAAGACCCAUUGAUUUCGUCUUGCCGAGCAUUCCUCCUGCCUUCCAAGCUCUUGCAAGCCCAGGAGCAGCAGAAACAACUUCUCUCUCCUCCAGCGACUCGUCUGAAAUACCUCUGUGGGCGAGGCUUGCGCUGCUGGAACCAGGGCCCACUUUGCUCGGGGGCUUGAACCCGGAACUGUACCGGGUUGGUGCAGAAACGCCGGAGGAAGAAGUCGUUUUCCCGGAUGGUCACGUGGGCCGUGUGUGGAUGGGAUUGCAGUACGACUCGGCAGGAGAACGCUUGUUGGUCUCUCUCAUCAAGAUCAAGAACCUGCCAUCCAGAGUGUACGGAUGCAACAAUUGCUGUGAUCCUUUUGUUAGAAUUUAUGUACUACCGGAUGAAAGAAGGUAUAUUCAAUCCAAGAUGAAAAAGAAGACUUGCAACCCAAAAUUUGAAGAAAACUUUAUUUUUCAGAUGCCGUCGAAAAACGCUGAGGAUCGCAUCGUGAAGGCGACAGUUUUGGACAGCGACCGCGGCAAGAGGUACAACGUCAUCGGACAUGCCCUCUUUCCCCUCAAAGAGAUCGAUCUCACCACCAACGAAAUGUGCGUCCAGUGGAAAGACCUCAUCAAGGACGUCGACACCGUGGUUCCUUGCGAUGCUGGCGAGCUUCUGGUCAGCUUAUGUUACAACGAGAAUUUGGAGAGACUGACUGUGACCGUGUGCGAAGCGAAGGGUCUCAAAAUACCGGAGGGACAGCAAACUUUAGAUUCUUUUGUAAAGCUGAUCUUCAUGAUAGAGAACAAACAAAUGAAAUCGAAGAAGACGGUACCCGUCAAAAAAUCGACCGACCCUAAAUACAAUGAAUCGUUCCAUUUCCGUUUGCCUCAGAAGUGUUUAAACUCUGCGAGCAUCUUACUGCAAGUGACAGUCUCCGGCGGACCCAAUAAAGAUAAAAUCAUUGGACGAGUAGUUUUUGGAUCAUACAUGUUCGUCCGUGGGAAACCGUUGGAACAUUGGAACGAAGCCAUCUCUGCAGGCCAUAAGCAGAUACGACAUUGGCAGAAACUGACACUGUGAUUUAAUUUUGUCAUAUGAACCCUUCUAUGGUCCGUAAUAACUCAAAUUAACUAUACUUAGAGAGCAAAUAAAACCCCAACAUCGAGGAGUUACUUCUAUGCGUUUUAGAGUAAGAGAAAGGAUUUUGUGGAAUUAAAUAUCUUCAGUUUAAAGAUAAGGUUUCACUAUAAUUAAAAUCCAUUAAAAUAUGUAAGGUGACUUCACCUAUAUUAAAAUAACAUUUAGGACUAUUUUGACGAGGCUGAAUAUAAUAACCAUGUACCUAACCCUAUUGUUAACUUGAGUUAUCACUGACAAUAGUUUGGUGAUAUUAUUUCCUGUGCUAUCCAUCAACAAGUCUCCAUUUAAUUUCUGUUAUAUCUUCUUUGAUAGAACAGACACAAUCCUUUGAAUACACUAAAAGAUUUUGUUUUUCGUAAUUUGAGAUAAUACCAACCAUUUAGAAAUUGUAUUAAAUGUAGAGAAACAUCAUAGAAAAUAAUUGGGAACUGAUGUGUUUGUUUCUGAGAACUCAAAAAGUAAUAAAAUAGUUUUAGUUAAUUAUGAUACAUGUAUAAAAAAGUAGUAAAAAGGAGGUAUUGUUUUCUUGUGAGUAUAUAUUGCUUGUUUAAAAUGUCGUCUGCAUCUGCAUUUAAUUUAGUAGGUUAUAAUAGCAAAAGAUAUUAUUAAUUUUAUGAAGAUAUUAUUUAUUACUAAAAUAUUAAUGGUUGCUAUUAUUGCAAUCUUUUAUGUUAUUACUUAAUUUUUUUCCAU